GACACUAAAAAUAGGGUAUGGAGGUAUCCUGUGAACCUAAGUACUAGAGAAUGUACUUGUAGGCAAUGGCAGAUCCGUGGGAAGCCAUGCAUACAUGCCCUACAUCUGAUGACCGUUAUCGGGGGUGCAGAUGGUGAAGUUGAUCAAUAUUGCUCUAAGUAUUUCUCUGUUGCCAAAUUUAUGGAUGCUUAUGCUGACAAUGUGCCUGCACUCUUGGGGAAAGACCAGUGGAACAUAGUAGAUCCAGGGUUCAAACUCCACGCUCCUGUCAUUACUAGACCACCAGGAAGACCAAGGAACCAGAGGAUUAGAGCAGGUGAGGAGGGUCGUCUAUCAAAGAAGCGUGCUUGCAAAAAAUGUGGAGUUCUGGGGCAUAUUGCUAGGCUUUGUACCAAUGCAGUGGAUGCAUCAUUUGGAGAGGAGGAAAGAUGGAAAGCAGCCAAUGCUGAGGAGAAUGCAGCAGCAAUGGAGACUGAAGAUGCAGUGGAGAAUGCAGCAGCAAAUGAAGUAGUGAAGAAUGCAGCAGCAAAUGAAGCAUCUUGCUCUAGGGAGAAAAGGCCAAGAGAUGAAGAAGCAGAAGAUUUUGAAACCAUGGCCUUUGAUGGUUUUGAAGCUAUAAGAGAGGAAGAGGAGGGGGUAAUUUUUCCAAUUGUGCCUUUAAAGAUUACUGAACCCAUAGAUGACCCCGUCAAAUGGUCGUCAAGUGCUCGACGAGUGGAACUACUCCAUCAGCACCUCCAUGGUGAAAACCCCAAGUAA